AUGUUGGCCCCUCUCCUCCUCCUCCUCGCUGGUGCUCAGCUGCUGGCGGCAGCCUUCCCUCCUCUUCCCAGGCCUUACACGCUGCAGCUCUUCCAAACCACCAGCUUCGAGAACAGCACCUACGUGGACACCCAGGGCUUGGGCCUGCUGGACGACAUCGAACUGGCUGUUUUGGACCACCGCACCUGGAACAUCCAUUUCCGGCAGCCCUGGGUUCGCCCAGCCUUGCCCCGGAGCGACUGGGAUACCAUCGGGGAUAUGAUCAAAAUCUACCUGCAGAAGUUUCACCGCUUGAUCCAAGAAGGUGCCAUGGAGAAGAAGGUACCAUACCCCUUCGUGGCGCAGUGCACCGCCGGCUGCGAGCUCUUCCCCAACAGCACAUCCAGGGCUUUCGCCUACGUUGGCUACAACGGCCAGGACUUCCUCAGCUACGACAUCGACAACAGCACUUGGCUUCUGCUGCAAGACACGGGCCUGUCGAGGUACGUCCGGGAGCGGCUGAAGAACUACACGGUCUUCACGGAGCUUGUAGAGGUUCUCUUCAACGACACCUGCGUCGACGACAUGCAGAUUAUAGUGCGCUACGGGAAGGAAGCGCUGCAGAGACAAGUGAAACCGGCAGCCGAGCUCUACGCCCGGACGCCGGAGCCCGGGCGCCUGCUGCUCGUCUGCCGCGUCACCGGCUUCUACCCGCGGCCUGUGAGCGUCGCCUGGCUGCGGGACGGCAAGGAGGUGCCGCCGGGCCCGGAGCUCAGCUCCACGCCGAUCCUGCCCAACGCCGACCUCACCUACCAGCUGCGCAGCAUCCUGGCCACGGCCCCCCGCGACGGGCACAGCUACGCCUGCCGCGUGCGGCACAGCAGCCUGGGUGGCCACAGCCUGCUGCUGCACUGGGGGAAUUCGGGCUUCCUCCUGCUCGCAGGGCUCGCCGCCGCCGCCGCCCUGCUGCUCGCCGUGGCCGCGGCCACUCUCGGGGCGCUCUGGAUGCGCAGACGCAGAAAAUACCAGGAGAUGAACGAGUCGGAGCCCAGAAGCUCCGUCCUGAGUAAUGAACCUUAGCCCAGGAAAGAGGAAACAAUCCCGAUUUGCUUCCACCACCCAGGCCACGACAGGGAUCUCAUCCCUGCUCCGUAAUGACGAACCACCGGGCACCAGUGAGAUCUCCCUGCAGCUCGGGGCUGCGCCCAUGCUGCUUCUGCUUUCUAAGAGACACAGGCACGAACCUCACCAGCGCCUCCUCGCUCCUCGCCUCCGCUCCCUUCUGGGGCGUCGUGCUCUUCGAGGUACCGCUAGCCGCGACAGCAGCUUCUCCCACUUCUGGCAGAGCGACACAAUUAAUUAGCGCAAUAAGCUAAUUUAAUGCUGCAUUUAUUAAUUGCGCGCCGGAAAAAUUUGUAUUUAACCUGAACCGUGACCACGCGCAGACCAAAAAUCAGCUGUCCUUACAAAACGCAUUCGCAAAGUGCCUCUGAAACGAUGAUGUAAUUUGUGGUAGCUGCGGAAACAUAUAAAAUGCUAAUAAACAAGUAGUGUUUUCUCUA